AUGCCAGCAAGAAAGAUGCCAGCGCUCACGGUCGAGGACCUGGCCGUGGACCCUGCCGAGGACACCCGGCAGCUCGUCGCGCGUCACGUGGCCGAAUCUUUCGGCAACUCCCGACACUUGUCCUUCGACGACACUCUGGGCCGGUCGCAGCCCCUGAUGGGCCGGUCGCAGCAGAAGAAGCUCCUCCGCAGCUCCAUGCCCGGGGCGGUGCUACGAAUGCCCUCGGAUCUCGGCAACUCGCGCUUCUCGAGCUUCGCCAACAUCCCGGGGCACGAGGUCAUCGACACGAGCGUCCGCUUCCUGGGCGUCACCCGCGUGGACGACCACUGCGAGUUCCGGGUGAACGUGACCACAAGCAGAGGCAACUUCGUCCUGCAGAAGCGCUACUCGCAGUUCCGCGACCUGCGCCACCAGCUAUUGCUGGACGGCAAGGCCGCGUCUGCCUCGGCGGACAAGAGACGCAAUGGCGACUGCCGCAACGGAGCCUGCCAACAGCUCGCGCAGCAGCUCGCGGCGCUCAAGUUCCCGCGGCGCAAGAUGAUGUUCAAGCUGCACCGUGACGACGACGUCAAGAUCGCGAGGGAACGACAGGCGCAGCUCCAGUACUUCGUCGAGAUGGUGCUGGCAGUGUACCGCACGGCUCCAAAGCGCCAGGUGCGCUGCUGCGUCAACUCGCAGUGCCGCGUGCUUCAGGAGAUCCGGGCGUUCCUUGACAUCAACGCGCUAGCAGACGACGAGCUGCCGGACUGGAAGUCGGUCAGCAACAGCACGAAUACCAGCGGUGACGACGUCCCUAUCCUCGACACCCCUCCGUCGACGUCCUCGCCGAUCAGCAGUCCCAGCAACAAGGCUCCGAGCUCCUACGAGUCGCCGAUCCCCAUGAGAGGAUCAGCCAUGUGCCUGGAAGAGCUGUAUACGAUCACCGAGGACACGGAGAACCUCCACAUCUAA